AUGGAGGAAAGUGAUCCCGACCUGGAUGAGGCCAAAAGCCCUCCCAAGAGGAGCCGGGGGAACAAGCAGCCUGGGAGCUCUUCGGCGGAGCCCGAACAGGCUGUCACUAUGGAUGGACUCAAGCUCUUGUUCCAGGAGCAGUCCCAGGUGCUGCUUGCCGCUCAGAGGGAGCAGAUGCAGCAGACCAUGGCGGAGUACGAGAAGAAUCAGGCGAUCCGUAUGGAGUCCAUAGAGAGCAGGGUGGAGAAGCAGCAGGCUCAGCACGAUGACUUAGCCUCGCAAUUCCGUGAGAUGGGCGAGAGACUUCAGGCACUUGAAGCUAGAGGCUCCCCGCAUGCUGUGGGGCCAGAUCGCAAGCUCACCCUGGUCUUUGGUGGUUGGCCCAUGCAGACUCGGCGAGAGACCCUCCUGACCCAGUUGCAUCAGGCAUUGGAGGCCCUUGAUCUGGCUUCUUCACUUGAUCAAAGGCCUUUCACCACGGGACCCAGGCGCUCAGUUGCCCUCUGCAAUUUCAUGAUCCGACAAGGGGAAGAUGCUGGGGGUGCUCGACAACGCAUGUUAAAGGUGUUGCAGGCAGUGAAUGGGGCCAGGGUUGAAGUGGAAGGGUGUGCGAAGCCUCUUUGGUGCAGCUUCUCGCGCAGUCCAGCUGAGCGCGGACGAGCAGCUGUAGCUGCAAUCGUCAAGAAGGUGCUGAUGACCCAUGCCCCUGGCCGUGCUUGUGACCUUGACGUAGAGUUUGCUUCGGGCAUCGCUUGGAUUCGUGAUGAUCAAUUGUCAGGAAUGGGGGCACCGCCCCCAGAAUGCUCCAAAGCCAGGGUUCUUGAAACGAAGGCUGGACCGGCGUGGCUUGACGAAUCCACGCUGGCGAAGUGGCUCGGGAUUGACAAGUCGGUGGUUGAGUCGAUGGUCUCCAGUCACCGGGACUAUAGGGUUGUGGGAUGGAACAUUGGUGGCUCAGACCUUCACCUGCUGUCUAAGGCAGUCCAGGAUGGCACUGGCUCAGGAAUGCGACAAAAUGACUUGGCUCUCAUCCAAGAAGUUCCGCGUGAGGGUGAAGGGUGGUCUUUUGCAACCUUUCAAGGAAGGCGAUUGGUUUCUCACAGGGAUCCUCAACAGUGGCGUGGUACGGGUCUUUGGUAUGAUGAAAGGUCCUGGUGUGUUCUCAAGAAGAUUGGCACUCUCAAGGGCACCUGGUUUAAGAUCCGAAGCCUCGAGACCGACUUUGAGACCUGGGUUGGAACUGCUCACUUCUCUCCGGGAUGCACGGUGCAGGUGUACGAAGAGGAGGUUGAAAACCACUUCCGAGGGCUCCCUACUACGGCACACAGGGUUCUUUUCCAGGGUGAUGUCAAUACCGGUUUCUUGUGGCAGGCUGAUGCUACAGGCACCACUGCCAUUGCCAAGGAAGGCAAGGGAAACAUCCUUCAUAAGGUCUGCAUGGAACGUGAGCUUUCCUUCCUUCCCCCCAGGCGAGAUUGCAUGCAAUGCCCGACGAGCAGGCCGAGGCAGACUGACCGAGAAGGACAGUGUAUUGAUGUCUUUGUGGGCAAACGGGUGUCCUGUCGACAAGUCGUCAUACAUGUUGACUCCUAUCUCUGUGCAGGCACGGAUCAUGAGAUCGUGGAAGGGUCUUUUGCCUUUGCGACGCCUAAGGUCCGCACGCGACAUGACAGUCAGCCUAGGGUUGUGCACGGGGAUCUGCCGCAGUUGGACUACCUCGACCAAAGGGUUUUGGAGGGCCUGGCUCGGGACUACACGAAGCCUAAGCAGGGUCAGGGGUACCGUGAUCCUCCGGAAGUCAAGAAGGCAUUCAGGGAAGCCAAGCAACCAAGGACAGCCGCUCUUUGGAAAAACGCCCUUAAGCUCCGGAAAGUCGCAAGACAACACUGGGAGAAGGAUCGUCUUGCUCGUGCCGCUCGAGGGGAUUGGGCUGUGUUCAAAUCCUUGAAGCGGCCCAAGCAGGUUGGAUGGGACGUCGCCUUUGCCGAGUGCCAGACAGGGGAUCCGCACGAGCUCAUCCACCAGCACCUCGCCUCAGUCUACGAAGGGGUUGACUUGCCUCAGGAGGAGCCCUGGACAGGGUCGGUAGCUGCUUUCACCGCUCAUGAACUGAGGGUCGCAGUAGGCCAGAUGAAGAAAGGGAAAUCCGUAGGGGUUGAUGGCACGUCGGCAGAGCUCAUGAGCGCAGUUCUGGAGGCCCCUGGUGGUGAGACUCAUCUGUUGGAGUUUUACAACCGUGUACUCGCCACCCAACAGAUACCCUCACAGUGGAAUGAGGCCCUGCUGAUCCUCCUCCCUAAGGUGACCGCGCCAAAGCAUGUCAGAGAGCUACGGCCCAUUGCUAUGUCCAGCGCAGUAGGAAAGGUUUUCAGCCGGCUUCUGCUAAACCGUGCACUCCCUCUGGUUUCUCCAUCCACCUAUGCCCAAUGUGCUGGGCCUCAUCGCCAGACAUCUGACUAUUUGUACGCUGCCUUCAGAUCCUUUGAACUCGCACGAGAAUGGGGGCAUCCCUUCGCCAUACUUAAGCUCGAUCUCGAAAAAGCUUUUGACAAGUUGGAUCGUUCAGCCCUCGUUCGUCAGCUCGAAUCCCGCAUUGGACCAGGGCCGGAACUCCAGUGUUGGAAAGCCCUGCUUCGUGGAGUGCGAGGGCGCUUGCAGACUCCCUGGGGCUCAAGUACGGUGCGAAUGGAUCGGGGAAUAAAACAGGGCUCGAUCGAAUCACCUUGCUUCUUCAGCCACGUAACCGAGGUGGUGCUGGCUAUGGCAGUGGAGACCAGGGUGUGGCAGGCACAACAGAGGGUUCUAGAAGGGUUGGAUGCCGAGGAGAUGCUGUUUGUUGACGACGGACUUUUGUGGAGCCGCAGUUGCCGUUCGGUACAACUUAAGGUGGAAAUGCUUGUUGAUCUCCUGCACGGGUUUGGCCUGAGCAUUAAUCCAGCCAAGUGCUCUCUCUACGUCACUCACAAUGUCGAGGAUGGGACAUCUGUGACAAUAAGAGGGUUCAGGGUUGAGGCAUCGGACCACAUGGAGAUCAUGGGGAUACGAAUGUACGUAGGGAUCUCCAUCUAUGAACUGGUUGCGCCGUUGGCCUCGAGGGCUCGCGCAAAGUUCUGGGAGUACAAACACAUUCUCCGGUGCAAGACAGGCAUGAAGGACUCCAGAGAUGGUCAACACUGUGGCUCCGUCGAUGGUGGACCUUCGCAGGCCACAGGGCUGUCCAACAUUGAGAAACACAUGAACCAAGUGACGGGUGGCCCGUGGAGGGAAAAGGCUCACGACAGAAAGGGUUGGAAACAACUGGAAGAACAGUGGAUUCUCAACAUGGACCUGCCGUGGGCCUCAGGGCGACAGCACUCGAUCAAGGUUGAUGACCUCGGCCUGAUGGCUCAGCACCGGCCGACCAUUGUGUCCAGCCUACAGUUAGUGUCUGUGGCCCUUGCAGCCAUGACCAUGCUCUACGUCCUCCAUAUCUUCUUUCCUGGCCUCUUCGGUGGCCUUUUGGGAACUUUUCCUCAAGGGAAUUCUCACUUCAUACCAUGGGCAACAGGGACAGGGAGCACCGUUUUGGAGCUGCCCUCACUAUGCAAUGUUCCAGCCAAGCCCGAUCUUGAACUUGUCGGCAAGCCGUGUGUCAACAUUGACCCAUCCUUUGUGAUUGGCUGCCGUGAUGCAAGCUUUGAAUUCGACCUGAACCUCUCUCGCAGUGGCUGUCUUUUGCCUUUGGGAUGGGCAUCCAACGCAGGCCCUUUCCAGGACUUUGGGAACUUGGAAGCCGCACACUGGGAGCAAUCCGAGUGGUGCUGUGAGGACCACCAAAGCGUUUUCUCUGCCCAGGGAGGGCAAGCUUUGGGGAUCACAGGCACAUGUCUUUCUCUGCGUGAGCCCGCGGCUGCGGACCAGGACACUAAGGCCCCUCCUGCCCGUUCUGCGCAAGAUGGACAAGCUCGGCGAGUCCAGUACCCAGACUCCCUCCACGAUUACCAGCUUCUGCACGAGUUCGUCGCAACGGACCAGGACAUUGAGGACCCCCCCUUGGGCGUGUCGCUGUUGAGUACGCGAGUACUAUUAGUGCUCGGCGUACCUCUGGGUAGCUGCUUUGAUGAGCCCUUUCCCCCGGAUCGAGUACCAGGAUGGUAUGACCGUGCAGUAGAUGAUGCUCGGUUCCUCCAAGAACGGGGAUGCAGCAUGUUCGACAUCUUCCGAGCGGUGGACGCAGCAAUGGCUGAAUACCAAGACCCGACCUUCGUUGAGGAAACAGAACUCUAUGUGUCUGGCAUACGGAGAGCUCUACAUCAGCACCAAGGGACAGUGACUACUGACCCGGUCACACUUCAAAUGGGGCUGCCUGCUGAAGCUGAAGUGCGUGAAUAUGCGGUUUGGGUGGCUCGUCUCUUCCGGGACAGGUGGCACUGGACCAGGUGCCCGGUGGCCAUGCAGAACAUGAUGGACGACCUGGGACUGGUGUUGAGCUCGUUGCCAUGUGAAAGGUAUGCUGACGAGCUCUACGAGAAGCAGAGACUGAGCCGAUCCAGGUCCCCCCAGAGACGGACACGGGCACGCCAGCAUGAGAAACGGACGGGUGAGAGGGUUGACGAGGGUGAAGAGACAGACAAUGUGGCGUUGACCCAGAAGCGAAAGCAGGUGGCCACUCCGGAACAUUCCAGGGAUGAAAGCAGCAGGAGACGGCGAACGGCCGCGUGGAAGUCAAGGGCUCUCCUGAACGACAUCGACAAUGGAGCAUUGUUUGAAGUUCUACAUACUCCACCGCAGGCUACCUUUACUUUGGAUCCCCCUGAGGCCGUUCCUUUUGGCAUCUUCCAUGCUGCACAUGUGUGGCCAAGUGGAGGAUGGAACACCAGAGCAGAACUCAUCCGCAUGGGCAGGGCUGACCUGGUGUACGAUGUGGAACCUUGGGAGCUGGCCAGUGCUCCCUCAUCGGCGCAUACACCGGCCACGCACCCUGGAGCCGGCCAGGUCAGGUAUGACAACACUGAGACAGAAGAGGUGGAAGAAGAGGAUGGCUUCUCCCUCAUGCAGACACAUGGAGGUUCGGAUCGGGGGCACCAGGCUUGGGAAGUCUUGAUGUCAGUCCUCUCCGCAUGGCUUGCCCGAGAUCGACAGGUUGUACCGCUGCUUGACCGAGUGCAAGGCCUGGCCCUUCGUCGUGGGAAUGAUCUUUAUGGAUUUUGGAUCCGGGGACCUAUGGCUACGAUGAGGUUAAGUUCGACGGAAGGGAGACCAGGACCAGUGGGUGAUGUACCGGAUGGAGAGGAGGCCAAUUCAUGGGUGGUGCAAGUUGAGCGAUUUCUCUGGGAAGCCUUCCUCCGGGACUAUGAGCACACUGCGGCGGAACCGGCGGUGAACUUGCCGGAGGAUGAGCAGGUGAACCUGAUGGAAAGGCAGCGGCGUGCCAAGGACGAUCAUCUCCAUCGACGUGUUCAGCUCCGAGCAGCUCCACUGCAGGACGGGGGCGGCCUUCUGAAGGUGGUGGUGAACACACGCGCCCUCCUCGACCAAGAAGUGACAGAAGUGACACCGCCACGUAUGGCAGAAGUGGCACACCCAGACCGUCUGCAGGCACUACGCCUGGAGCGGGCAGUUCGACAGACAUGCCUCGAUCUCGGUGGGUCGAUCUUCAGCAACCUCUUACCAGGGACCAAGCUGGAGACCUUUGGCGAUGGCUACUGGGGGUGGACCGUUACUCAUGGCCACGUGGAGCACAUCAUGCAGCACUUCCGGGAGAUGUCUGAUGCGAAUCGGGCAAUGAUGACAGUUGCUUUCACCCAAGUCCUCCGCUACAUCAUGGCUGAAUGCAGUAACUUGAUGCAUAUGGGGGAUCUACAGGGACGUGAAGACACUGGUGAUCUUGUGACAGUGACCCUCGAUCCCACGGACGAAGAAGGCCCCGCAGAGGAUGACACCGACCGUGACCGAAAUGAGGAUGUCGACCUCAUGCAGCGCUUCACCCUGACGGGAGGCCGUGGCUCUAUGGAAGAUAGAUGGGCACGCAACCUGGCGCGCAUGCAGAAAGAGCUUGGGGCCCAGAACAAAAUGGCAUGCCUGCCGGGUAGCUCGUUCAACCUUGGAGUGUUGCCAGUGGAGCAACUAGCAGAGGUGGUGGAUGAUUCGCCUCCUCCACCUCUGCCGGUGGCUGGCCUGGGUGGCGGGCAUCUGCAACCGGACUGUCCUCAACCUGCUCUUCACACACAAGCGGCAGAUCUCUACGCGCAACAGGAGCUCAACGUGGUCAGGCAGCAGGCGGCUGAAUACCAGGCCUGGGAACGCGACUUGAUGUCGAAUGAACUCCGUCGGGCGCCUGGCCGGAAACGCAGCCUUACAUGCUGCACCUUGGAGGUGGAGGCUGCUUCUGGCAGCGGGGACCGGCCGAGAGUCUCCCACACCUACCAGCUGACGGUGCCGGAGUCAGGGGAUGAAGUUCGACUGACCAUCCGUGCCAGGAUGACCCAGGCCCCUGAAGAGGUCACUACGGAGGAGAUCUUCAGUGAGGGAGAAAAUGCUCAGGAGCCUCAGCACACGCAAAGGGCCACUUGUGCCACGGCCAGGAACGUGCUUGAGCUGCUGGAGUUUGGCGAUUUUGCCAAGGUGUAUGCACAGUGGAAGGCAGGCACGCUCAAUUUGGAGCAGGUCGUGGCGGAGUACGGCAACGAAGUGGCUGAGAUGCUCAUGACCCAUGAUGCGAUUGAAAUGGAUGACACUGACACGCUCACUGGGAUGAAGAAGCUUCCGAAGGAUGAUGAUGUUGCACGUGAAGACACAGGGAUAGGUGGAGAUCAAGGUGAUGAGGGACCUGGCAGUCUUCAUGGGGCUUCCAGUGGUAUCACAGACGCACCCACACUGCCGAUGAUCCCGCAGCAGACCCAAGUGGAGGAGAACUCGCCGGACGUGAUGCAGGUCGCCGACAAUGGGGCAGAACUCGAUUGGGACACGUCUGGUCAGCAGAAUGAUGCAUCACAGGGGCAUACGGAGUGA